AGCCCACUUAACGGCCACCAGUCGGCGAACACGUGCCGCCAUGUCCCUUUUCGUAGCUCCGCCGACCAUCCAUGAUGACAGUUUUUUCAAAGUUUUAGCUCACCCACCACUGCACAGCUGUUAUCUUCUCCCAGUUUCUCUCCCCCACUUCUGGAAGUACUGGACUUCUAUAUUUAGUAACCUCUUUAGUAGUAAUAUCGAUAGCUUGACUUGCAAUGGCUGCUUCGUGGUUACUCUUGCUUUUCCAGGUUCUUUUUGCGUUUAGUGGCUGCAUUGCUGGUGCUAGCCAGAUUGGUCUGGGUUCGAGACUGUUGGCUAGUAAAGGAGAAAUAUGGGGUUCAAACAAUAGGACUUUUGCUUUUGGGUUCACUCCAUCAGACACCCAUGAUCGUUUUCUUGUUGGUAUUUGGUUCACGGAGCUUCCUGGAGAUAGAACUGUAGUUUGGUCAGCUAACAGAAAUUCUCCCGUCACCAAAGAUGCAAUCUUGGAGCUGGACACCACCGGAAACUUAAUUCUAAUGGACGGAGAGGCUACAGUUUGGGCAUCAAACACCUCAGGUGCCGGGGUUGAAUCUGCAGUCAUGUUAGAGUCCGGCAACUUUGUCCUCUACACAGCCAACCAUCGUCCUGUGUGGCAGAGCUUUGAGCACCCUUCUGAUACUCUUCUCCCUAACCAGCCUUUGACAGUGUCAAUGGAGUUAACAUCAUCAAAAUUGCCAUCACAAGGUGGCUAUUAUGCUCUCAAAAUGCUCCAACAGCCCACUUCACUAAGCCUUGGCUUGACAUACAACUUGCCUGAAUCAUAUGAUGCUUCUUCCCCUCAAGCAUACAUGAACUACUCCUACUGGUCUGGACCAGAUAUCUCAAAUGUCACUGGAGAUGUUAUUGCAGUAUUAGAUGAAGCAGGAAGCUUUGGAAUUGUGUAUGGAGAAUCAGCAAAUGGAGCAGCGUAUGUGUACAAGAAUGAUGCUGAUGACACUGGAUUGUCUUCAGCGGCAAAUAAGUCCAAUUCUGACACACGACUAUCAGUUAUUCGGAGAUUGAUUAUUGAGAGCAAUGGGAAUAUACGUUUGUAUAGAUGGGAUAAUGAUGUUAAUGGGUCACACCAGUGGGUUCCUGAAUGGGCGGCUGUGCCAAACCCUUGUGACAUUGCUGGGAUAUGUGGAAAUGGGAUAUGCAGUUUGGACAGAAGCAAGACUAAUGCUUCCUGUACAUGCUUGCCUGGUACUUCUAAGGCAGGCAGUGAAAGCCAUUGCUUUGAGAACUCAUCCCUGAUCGGUAAAUGCGAUCCCCGAAACAACAAUCAGACACAUAAAUUCAAGAUUGCAACAGUGCAACAAACCAAUUACUACUUCUCUGAUUACUCAGUGAUAGCAAAUUAUAGUGACAAUGAAACAGUGUCACAAUGUGGCGAUGCUUGUUUAUCAGAUUGUGAAUGUGUUGCUUCUGUUUAUGGGUUAGACAAUGAGAAUCCUUACUGUUGGGUACUGAGGAGCCUGGACUUUGGUGGGUUUGAGGAUACCAGCUCCACUCUUUUUGUAAAGGUGAGUGCUAAUGCCUCUUUGGGACCUAGUGGCAGUGAUGAAAGCUCCAGGGGCUCUUCACAAAGUUCCAGCAAUGACCCUAAGAAAGUUGUGGUUCUUCCUAUUGUAUUAUGCAUGGGUGUCCUAAUUGGGCUCCUGUGUCUAUUAUUAUACUACAAUGUUCACAGAAGGAGAUAUCUUAAAAAAGCCAUGGAAAGGUCUUUGAUUCUCUCUGGUGCUCCAAUGAAUAUUGGCUACCGUGAUUUGCAAAUAUGUACUUCCAACUUUUCCCAGUUGCUUGGAGCUGGAGGAUUCGGCAGCGUUUACAAGGGAAGCCUCACUGAUGGAACUCUGGUUGCUGUGAAGAAACUUGACCGUGUUUUGCCCCAUGGAGAAAGAGAAUUUGUAACUGAAGUGAACACCAUUGGCGCCAUGCAUCACAUGAAUUUGGUCAGACUCUGUGGCUACUGCUCUGAAGGUUCACACCGGCUUCUAGUGUAUGAAUUCAUGAAAAAUGGGUCAUUGGACAAAUGGAUAUUCCCAUCCUAUCAGUGCCGGGACAAGCUGCUGGACUGGCCAACUAGGUUUAACAUUGCCAUCGCCACUGCACAAGGAGUUGCAUAUUUUCACGAGCAGUGCAGGAACAGAAUAAUACAUUGUGACAUUAAACCGGAGAACAUACUGUUGGAUGAGAACUUUUGUCCAAAAGUAUCAGAUUUUGGAUUGGCUAAGUUGAUGGGAAGGGAGCACUCGCAUGUUGUCACCAUGGUCAGGGGAACCAGAGGAUAUCUGGCGCCAGAGUGGAUCAGCAACCGUCCUGUUACUGUGAAAGCUGAUGUUUAUAGUUAUGGAAUGCUGCUGUUGGAGAUCAUUGGUGGCCGGAGGAACCUCGACAUGUCUUUUGAUGCUGAAGACUUCUUCUAUCCUGGCUGGGCCUUUAAGGAAUUGAUAAAUGGGACUCCAAUGAAAGUUGCAGACCGGCGACUAGAGGGGGCAGUGGAUGAAGAAGAGCUGGCUCGGGCACUAAAAGUAGCUUUCUGGUGCAUCCAGGAUGAAGUGUUCACGAGGCCAUCAAUGGGGAAAGUAGUAAAGAUGUUAGAAGGAACAGUAGAUAUCAAAACCCCACCAAUGCCUCAGACAGUUUUGGAACUGAUUGAAGAGGGGUUGGACCAGGUUUACAGAGCCAUGAAGAGAGAGUACGCUCAGAACAGUUCCUUCACCAUCACCAGCCAUCCAUCAUCUCGUGCUACAUGUAGUUAUUCUACCAUGUCGCCUAGAUGACUGUAGGCAAAAGCAGAAAAUAGUUUUGUUUGGAUCAUAUAAUUUUACUUUUGAUAAUAGGAAAGAGAUGCAAGUCAACACCAUCCUUUUAAUUAUGUGGGUUGAAAUGAAAUGAAUUGUAUUCAUGAUUUUCAUUUUUGAGUGAAAAAAGCAUCCCUUCAGUAGAUCCAACAACCUAACAUUAAGGGUGUGUUUGGAAAACUCUCAUAGGAAAUAUCACUUUUCAAGAUUUUAUAAAGAUAUUUCAGGCUU